AUGACUCUGGCCCUCCUUGCAGGGCACCUUCAGGCCUGGGAUCCGAGCCGCCCACAGAGCACCCGCCGCCGCCAUCUCCACACUGCUGUGCCUUUGCCCAGGUCUGCAGAGGCCAAGGGCAUGCUCGCCGCCCGUGGUCCAGGUGCGAGUCCCACGGGACUGGCUCCGACUCCUCCACGUGAGGCUGCAGCCCGGGUACCUCAAGGACCGUCCCGAGAGGGCCUGAGUCCCGGACCCAGGGGAGCAGCCUGUGCCAGCUCCAUCAUGCCCAUGUGUGAGGAGGAGCCCAAAGAUCAGCAGCUCCUGGUGGUGCUUCGGAUCCGGCCCCUUAGUGAUGCAGAGCUGGAAGAAGGAGCCACUGUCAUUGCCCACAAAGUGGGGGACCAGAUGGUGGUGCUCAUGGACCCGGGCGAAGACGCAGAGGACGCAUUGCGGACACACCGGUCCAGGGAGAAGACCUUCAUCUUCGACACUGUGUUCGAUCAGCAUGCAACUCAGAAAGACGUGUAUUCUGCCACCACGCAGCAUUUGGUUGAAAGUGUUGUUUCUGGCUACAACGCCACGGUCUUUGCCUAUGGCCCCUCAGGCGCCGGGAAGACCUACAGCAUGCUGGGCAUGGAUUCCAAGCCGGGCAUCUACCUGCAGGCGCUUAGGGACCUGUUCCAAGCCAUCGAGGACACUCGCAACAACAUGGACUACAGUGUCUCCAUGUCCUACCUUGAGAUCUAUAAUGAGGUGAUUCGGGACCUGCUGAACCCGUCAUCAGGGCUCCUGGAGCUUCGGGAGGAUGCCCGGGGCAGCAUCCAGAUUGCAGGCAUCACUGAGGUGUCAACCUCCAACGCCCACGAGAUUAUGCAGCUGCUCACUAAGGGCAACCGGCAGCGCACGCAGGAGCCCACGGCCGCCAACACCACGUCGUCACGCUCGCAUGCAGUGCUACAAGUGACUGUCCGCCAGCACCGCCGUGGCACAGACCUGCCUGAGGAAGUGCGCGUGGGCCGGCUCUUCCUGGUGGACCUGGCGGGCUCGGAGCGCGCAUCCCAGACCCAGAACCGAGGGAAAAGGAUGAAGGAAGGUGCCCACAUCAACCGCUCACUACUGGCACUAGGCAACUGCAUCAAUGCACUCAGUGAGAAGGGCAGCCGUGCUCAGUAUGUCAACUUCCGAGACAGCAAGCUCACUCGCCUGCUCAAGGACGCUCUUGGGGGUAACAGCCGCACUGUGAUGAUUGCACACAUCAGCCCGGCCAGCACACACUUCGAGGAGUCCAGAAGCACCCUGCUGUAUGCCUACAGAGCCAAGAAUAUCAAGACCAGGGUCAAGCGCAACCUGCUGAGCGUAUCCUAUCACAUCGAGCAAUACACAGACGUCAUCUCCGACCUGCGCCGGGAGAUCGAGCACCUCAAAUCCAAAAUAGAGAAACAGGAGAAGGAGAAGAAGAGCCAGGCCUGUGUCAGGGAUGCACCGGCCAUGAUAUCCCCCAGCAAUGGUGAGGAGGACAGUCACCUGCAGAUGAACAAAAUUCGUGCGCAGCUGAUCGGGGCCUUCACAGAGCAGCUGGAGAUGCGACGUAGCCUGGUGGAGCUGGAGAACACGCUCAUCGAGCUUCAUGUGGACAUGUCACGUCACCUGCUCACCAUUGCUGACUGGGAGCGAGAGAGGAGCCACCGGGCUCCCCAGGAACCAGUCACCCUGAAGGAUGAGGAGCCAACAGUGGCCGAUGGGGACCACGAUGGAGAGGAGGCAGCUGAGCCGCACGAGGUGGCACUGGCCCGGGAUGAGGUCAACAUGUUGCUCGCUGAGCAACGGAAAACAGAGGCUCUCAAGGCCGAACUGGAGCAACGUCUGGCCAAUGCCAAGAAAAAAGCAUCGCAGCUGGAGCGGCUGCUGCCGGGCCGGAGCACCAGUGCAGAGCAGCGAGAGGUGCUGCAGCUACUGUGUCGAGUUCAUGAACUGGAGGUGAGCAGCACCGAGCUGCAGGCCCAUAACCUGCGCCGCAAGAACCUGCUGUGCCAGAAGGACUUCGUCAUUCAGCGCUACCACCAGCACCGGCUGCUGUGCGAGCAGCUCAUCCGUGAUCAGCGGCUGCUCAUCCAAGGUGCGGCCCGCUGGCCCAUUACCUACCCUGCAGAGGCUGGAGUCCCGGUGCCUGAGGCCCUGGAGCAGCGCUACCGCCUGUACUCACGGGAGCUGGGCGAGGGCUCUCUCAACCGCCUGCUGCUCCUGCAUUCCGUCAUGUCCAGCUCACUGCGGGAUGGCUCUGUGCUGUGCAUCUCUCCCGCACCUGAGGAAGCCACCUAUGAGCUACAAGCUGACAGGAAGGACUUGCCAUGGGGAGCACAGUUCGAGCUGCCCCCCAUACUUCUGGAGACGGACAGUGAUGGUCACAAGUCGGCCAAAGGCUCCCCGUAUAAGUCUGUGGGGAAGGCAGAUGCCCUCCUACCCCCUGCAUCUGUGCGUAUCCUGCUGACGCCCCCAAGCCAUGAGCAGUCCAGCCCAAUGAGUGUGAAGGGCUUCGUCUCCAAGCUAUAUCCAGGGACCAGUCUGGAGACACUGAGUGCGCAGCCGCCGCUCCAAGGCCCAGGACCAUGA